CACACAAACAGAUAGGAGAAGGGCACCGGCUGAAGCCACUUGCAGGACUGACUGACGGUUCUCACAACGAAACUCUAGCAGCGUGAGGAACUAAAAGCCAGAUGGGGUGGCUGGACGAGAGCAGCUCUUGGCUCAGCAGAGAAUGCACAGUAUGAUCAGCUCAGUUGAUGUAAAGUCAGAGGUUCCUGUGGGCCUGGAGCCCAUCUCGCCUUUAGACCUAAGGACAGACCUCAGGAUGAUGAUGCCCGUGGUGGACCCUGUAGUCCGUGAGAAGCAACUGCAGCAGGAGUUACUCCUCAUCCAGCAACAGCAGCAAAUCCAGAAGCAGCUCUUGAUCGCAGAGUUUCAGAAACAGCAUGAGAACUUAACACGGCAGCACCAGGCUCAGCUUCAGGAGCACAUCAAGGAACUUCUAGCCAUAAAACAGCAACAAGAACUGCUAGAAAAGGAGCAGAAACUGGAGCAGCAGAGGCAAGAACAGGAAGUAGAGAGGCAUCGCAGAGAACAGCAGCUUCCUCCUCUCAGAGGCAAAGAUAGAGGACGAGAAAGGGCAGUGGCAAGUACAGAAGUAAAGCAGAAGCUUCAAGAAUUCCUGUUGAGUAAAUCAGCAACAAAAGACACUCCAACUAAUGGAAAAAAUCAUUCCGUGAGCCGCCAUCCCAAGCUCUGGUACACGGCUGCCCACCACACGUCAUUGGAUCAAAGCUCUCCACCCCUGAGUGGAACGUCUCCAUCCUACAAAUACACAUUACCAGGAGCGCAAGAUGCAAAGGAUGAUUUCCCUCUUCGAAAAACUGAAUCCUCAGUCAGUAGCAGUUCUCCAGGGUCUGGUCCCAGUUCACCAAACAAUGGGCCAACUGGUAAUGUUACUGAAAAUGAGACUUCGGUUUUGCCCCCUACUCCUCAGGCUGAGAAAAUGGUUUCACAGCAACGCAUUCUAAUUCACGAAGAUUCCAUGAACCUGCUCAGUCUUUAUACCUCUCCCUCUUUGCCCAACAUUACCCUGGGACUUCCAGCAGUGCCAGCCCAGCUGAACGCUUCAAAUUCGCUCAAAGAGAAACAGAAGUGUGAGACCCAGACACUCAGGCAAGGCGUUCCUCUGCCUGGGCAGUAUGGGGGCAGCAUCCCGGCAUCUUCAAGCCAUCCCCAUGUCACUUUGGAGGGAAAGCCCAACAGCAGCCACCAAGCUCUCCUGCAGCAUUUAUUAUUGAAAGAACAGAUGCGACAGCAAAAGCUUCUUGUGGCUGGUGGAGUUCCCUUACAUCCUCAGUCUCCCUUGGCAACGAAAGAGAGAAUUUCACCUGGCAUUAGAGGUACCCACAAAUUACCCCGUCACAGACCCUUGAAUCGAACCCAGUCUGCACCUUUGCCUCAGAGCACAUUGGCUCAGCUGGUCAUUCAGCAGCAGCACCAGCAAUUCUUGGAGAAGCAGAAGCAAUACCAGCAGCAGAUCCACAUGAACAAGCUGCUUUCGAAAUCUAUUGAACAACUGAAGCAACCAGGCAGUCACCUCGAGGAAGCGGAGGAAGAGCUUCAGGGGGACCAGGCGAUGCAGGAAGACAGAGCACCCUCUAGUGGCAACAGCACUAGGAGUGACAGCAGUGCUUGUGUGGAUGACACAUUGGGACAAGUUGGGGCUGUGAAGGUCAAGGAGGAACCAGUGGACAGUGAUGAAGAUGCUCAGAUCCAGGAAAUGGAAUCUGGGGAGCAGGCUGCUUUUAUGCAACAGGUAAUAGGCAAAGAUUUAGCUCCAGGAUUUGUAAUUAAAGUCAUUAUCUGAAUAUGAAAUGCAUUGCAGGUUUUGGUAAAUGGAUAUAAUUUCCUAUCCGAUUAUAUCUCUGAAUGAUUUGACUUUAGUGUUUAAGGAUUCUAAUGCAGAUAUAUCUAUAUAUAGAUCUUUCUAUAUACUGAUCUCUAUAUAGAUAUCAAGGUUUCAUUGAAACUCUACUGGUAAGGAAAUACCUGUUACACUAAAAUUAUACCACAUCAGUAUCCAAGUAAUAGGGUUUUAAUUCAUCCCAAAGCCUGCCCCACCAAUUACUUCUAAGGAAAACGAAAUCACUGUUGUUUUUAGUUUAUCUGUUGAGAUCAGUGACUGCUGGAUAUAGUUUCCCAGUCUGGUCAGUGAAACAUUCUAUUAGUUCUUGAUUUUUUUGAUAUGCAGAAUUCAAUUUUCACAUUGUUGUACAUAAUGUAUCAUACUACAGUCUUGAACCCUGUUAAAGGUAGUCAGCCCUUCCUUCCUCUCUCUUUUCUGUUAAGUGAAAUGUUCUGGUUACUAUGCCAGUAGUCCUAGGUUAUUGUAUAGAUUGCAACUGAAAAUUUUAGGAAUAGAGAUGGU